AGUAGUCUUACGUCGAUCGAUGCAUGAUUGCACGUGCAUGGUAAACUAAAGCAAUAUUUUCUUCACUUUUAUGAUUCUUCCCAUGAUUGGAAUUCCACUGUCUAAUUGUGUAAUACAACUUGUAUCACUUUAUUUGGCGAGCUACUGAGUCUGCGCACUAGGGAGCAAUAAGGAACUCAAAACUAUCAUUCUAAUAAAAUCCUAUGCGGAGCUACGUGGUUGACACACACAGCUAGGCCAUUUUGAGUGAUCGAUUGUCAUUGAGUAACUUUACCUAGAUCGAUGUGCUACUAAAGGCUUGAUCUAACGCCUGAUCAAAUCUUCUACGGGACAGGACAGGUACACAAAUAGAAACGACCGAGAACUUGUUAGAAAACCAUGCCAAAGCCGAGCGCUUCCGAGACGGGGAAGACCCGCAGGUUCAUCAGUGGUGUGGUGGAAGGCUUUUACGGGCGACCAUGGACUAUGGAGCAAAGAACUGAGCUGUUCCAGAGGGAGCAGAAGUGGGGUCUGAACACAUACCUGUACGCCCCUAAAGAUGACUACAAACACAGAAUGUACUGGAGGGACCUGUACUCACCUGAGGAGGCAGAGAAACUGGUUGCUCUGAUAACUGCAGCGAAGAAGAACGGAGUGGACUUCAUCUACGCCAUCUCCCCUGGACUGGACAUCACAUUCUCCAACCCCAAAGAGGUCGCGACCCUCAAGAGGAAACUGGACCAGGUGAGUGGGUUUGGCUGCAGUUCCUUCUCCCUCCUCUUCGACGACAUCGAGACAGAGAUGUGUCCGGCGGACAAGCAGGCAUUCAGCUCGUUCGCCCACGCCCAGGUAGCUGUCACCAACGAGGUGUUCACACACCUGGGACAGCCUGACACCUUCCUCUUCUGCCCCACAGAUUACUGUGCAGCGUUCUGCACCCCUAACGUCUCCCAGUCGGCUUACCUUCACACUGUGGGAGAGAACCUCCUACCUGGGAUUGAUGUUCUCUGGACAGGUCCUAAGGUGGUGUCGCACCACAUCACGGUAGAGUCCAUUGUAGAGGUGUCCUCCGUCCUGAAGAGGGCGCCGGUUAUCUGGGACAACAUCCACGCCAAUGACUACGAUCCCCAAAGGAUCUUCAUGGGACCUUACAAGGAUCGUCCCACAGACCUGAUCCCCAAGCUGAGAGGGGUGCUGACCAACCCUAACUGCGAGUACUACCCUAACUUUGUGGCGAUCCAUACCUUGGCAACGUGGUGCCGGUCUAAUGAAGGACAGAGAGACGUGGAGAUGAGUGAUGAUGAGGGAGGCUCCGCCCUGUGCUACAGCCCCAAGCGAGCCCUCACCCUGGCCUUGACUGACUGGUUACAGGAGUUCCUCAGCACCGACCAGCCUGGAGGCCCUCGCCCUCUGAACCCCACCCGCCUGAAGAAAGAGUCCUCUGACGAGGAGCCCAUGCAGACUGACGUGGGAGACCCCGUGUACGUACCAGGUCCUGGGGACAACCCCUUGUUCACAGCAGAACCCCUGACCCUGGACGAUCUCCAACUACUCUCGGAACUGUUCUACCUGCCAUAUGAACACGGUUCUACUGCUAGAACCAUGCUGACGGAACUGAACUGGCUGAAAGCACACAGAGAAGCAGUGGGAGAGGCAGAGACUGAGAUGACAGCGGAGUGGCGUUCCAGGGCGAAGUGUUUUGACGUGAUGUGUGUUGCUGUGUUUACCAUGUUUAACCGUCUGUCCAACGCCCCCAACCGGAGCAUCCUCUACGACCUCUACAACUACAUCUGUGACAUCAAGAGUGGCGUCACCCUGGCCCGCGCCUACGUCAAAGAAUUGGGGGGGCAGAGUAAGCCCUCAGCCCAGGUGAUGACUGACGACCCAGAACCCUGGGGGUUUAGAGGGGGUCUAUCUGGGGAGUUCCAGAGAAUGCUGCCUUGCCAUGGUAACAGAGAUCUGUUCCGUCACCCUCCUAUGACGUCAGUGUAUUCCAUACGACCCUACUGCCCAGAAGACAAGACUGAGAUACAGAAGAUCCACAUGGCGAUGCAGAGAGGAGAGGCCAAGAUUCCUGCAGCAGCACUACCUGCUCUGACGAGUGAUGGUGUACCUCUAUCUCUCCCCAGGCUGGCAGGAGGGCAGCUGUCCCCCUCCCCAAACUGUGGUCUGGUUCUGGAGGAUGAGAGGGGGGUGUGUGGGUACGCCCUGGGCCUCUGCGACGCCACAGCAGCCGCACUGAACAACCAGAGGCCAUUGCUGGGGGACUUCCCUUCCUUGAUAACCAUGCAGCUCCACCCCCGGGUUACAGACCCCGCCCCCGCCAGGCGUAUGAUUGGCAGCCUGCUCUCUUUGAUGAAGACCAGCGGUUCCAGGGGUGUGUUCUGUGAGCUGAGGCAGGGUGACAGGAGGAUGUUUGACUUCUACUCUAAACUGGGCUCCUUCACAACGCUCAAAAUGGCGGGGCUGCCUCGGGACAUCAUCGUCAUGGGAACCAGCUUGUAAACAACAUUUCACCAAACGCCACCUUGCACUACUACUAUAUCCUCAGGUUUUAAAGGUCCUUUUGGAAAAAAGGGACGACAACGUUAGUUGAUUAAUUCAGCUGCUUGUUUGAUUGAAAAACUGUGUUUAACGGCCAUGUAUCAAUAACUAUAGGAUGAUGUGUGAAAUGUAUCUGAUCAAGUUUGUCAAUGGGAUCCACAUCGUUUGACUGAUUAUUUGUGGAACGUGUCUUUGUAAAUUCCAAUUAGUUAAUGGUAUGUUCUGAAAACCAAUGUUUUAAAUGAUGACUUCACUGAACAAUGACUAUCCUAUAUUAAUGGAAUGAUAACUGUUAUGAGGUGUAAUUUUACAAUGAAUGAUUGAUGCAUUUAAAUCAGCCUGUAAGAGGAUCUAAAUAAUGUUGAGAUCAAUAAAAAUUGGACAAACAUUUGAA